AUGUGGGUAAUUCCAAAUGCCAUCGGCCUCGAGGUGGGCAAGAGUUCGCCAGAGAGACGGGCGGAGACAAUACAGACCGAUGUCACCCCAAUGAAGGCAAGGUCUGUCGUAGGGCGCGCCACGAAGCAGUAUUUCGUUGCAGCGAAUGUCCAUAUGCCGUUUCGUGAGAGGAUUGAUGGCCUUCUCGAAAACAGGUUUCACCGUCUCCUAGCCAUGCUUCGUCAGCCAGGUGCGGGAAUCAGUAUUUCCACUGGCAAGCGAGGUGCCGGGGGGGGAGGGGGGGGGAGGCACAAGAUCCCCGUUGAGGAUGUCAGGGAGGAAAACCGUGACCCAGAAGCCGUUGCAAGCGUGAUCGUCCGCCAGAAGCUGAUACAAUCGAGGUCAGGAUCAUUCUAG